AUGCCGACGCAAGGCACAUUGAUCGUCCCGCUGUCGGACAAUCAAUGUCCCUUGCGUCAGCAUCAGCAGCGAAUCACAGCCUCGCGGAGCUUGAAGAUCCCCCGAUACGCGAAUAAUAAACUAUGCCGUGAGAGGCAUAACGCAGGGAGUAUAUCCGCUCGUUUAGUCUCUCGUUCUCUCUUUCUACUGCGCUGGACCGCAGCUAAACCACAAUCACGUCCCUUCAAGUCAAGGCUAAAAAAAGGACUGAUACACAGCCAUGGCCCAAGAUCCAGUGAACCAAGCAGCCUGGCUGACCGCCUCCAAAGCCGCCCCCCUCGAGGUCGGCCCAGCGCCCUACACCCUCCCGGCGUUGGGCAGCUCGGCAUCCGCAACGCUGCCAUAGGCAUCGAUCCUAUCGACUGGUCGAAAAAGUUCCUUGGCGACGGCAUCCUCCCACACAUCCGCUACCCUACCAUCUGUGGUGAAGACGUUGCUGGCACCGUCAUCGCUGUAGGUGAAGGCGUAACGCGCUUCCGCGUCGGCGACCGCAUCCUCGCCGUGGCCGGCCUCAUCCCUUCCAAUAACACCCCCGAAGGCGCCUUCCAGCUCUACACUGUCGUCCGCGAGUGCCCUCAUCGUCGCCGGCCUGACUUGUUCGGCAAGGACUACCUCGGGCUCGAGCUUCCAACCGUCCCCGCGCGUCCGGCCGACGGAUCCCGCGUCGCCAUCAUUGCAGGCGGCGCGUCCUCCGUUGGUGGCACAGCGGUGCAACUCGCCGCUGCAGCGGGGUACCAUAUCGUCUCCACCUCCUCGCCCAAUAACUUCGACCUCGUCAAGAGCCUGGGCGCCGCGCACGUCGUCGACUACAACUCCCCGACCGUGGCGGACGAGCUGCUCGCCGCCGUGCGCGGGAGGCAGCUGGUCGGGGCCCUCUCGCUCGGCGACGGAACGGCCGACUACCUGGCCGCCGUGCUGAAGAGCCACGAGGGMCCCGGGCCGACGAAGAAGUUCAUCGCCCGUGAUGAAGGGAAACACAGUGUUGAAGAGGGCGGAGAGGUCGAGGUGAAGUUCAUCCUUAUUUCUCCGGAGGUUAUUGGGGCGGAGACCCCUGUGAGGCCGAUUUUUGAGGAGUAUCUGCCCAGGGCGCUGGAAGAGGGGCAGUUUGUGCCGAGGCCGACGCCGGAGGUUGUAGGCAGGGGACUGGACAAGAUUCAGGAUGCGUUGGAGGUGCUUCGGAAGGGGGUGUCGGCCAAGAGGAUCGUUGUGCAACUCUAG